AUUGUUAUUUCCCAGGCAACUGCUGACAACGACACGGAAGACUCAAAUAUGGCGGUGUUUUUAGUUGUAAAGAAAAUAUAAAAAAUUAUAUUUGACCACUUAUUUGACCGACAACAGAUUAUACUGUUGUGUUUGACUUCACUUGAAAAUGUUGUAUGUCUCUGUGUAUAAGUAAUCAACGUUUCUGAGGAAUGACAAAAAGCAGUAAAGGUAAAAAAGGGGGAAAUAAUAUUAAAUCAGUAAAAUUACCAAAGCACCAACUUGAGAGAAAACGAGACGAGCGAGCGCGAAGAAAUGCAUUGAAGAAAGAGCGCGAAGCAAAAGAAUAUCUAGAAAAUGAUGAGAACUUUGUGUCAUUUUCAAACCAGUUGAAAGUCAUAGGAUAUAAGAUAAAGGACAUAAAAGGAGAUGGCAACUGUUUAUUUCGUGCUCUAGCUGAUCAGUUGGACGGAAGUGAUGAUGACCAUUUGCAACAUCGAAAAAUUGUAGUGAAGUAUUUAGCAGAUCAUCGAGAUCAGUUUGAACCAUUUGUUGAAGAUGAUAGAUCAUUUGAUGAAUAUGUCAAGGAGCUUGGGAAUGCCGGUACAUAUGGAGGAAAUGAUUCAAUUGUUGCUUUUUCACGUUGCUAUGGUGUGAACAUUGUCAUACAUCAACUAAAUGAGCGGUGUUGGGUUAUUGAAGGGGAUAAAUAUCGCAAACCUGAUGAUCCUAAACGUGAUCUUCAUAUAUCCUACCAUAACGGUGACCAUUAUUCCUCUGUUCGUCGUAUUGGUGAUCCUAUAAAUGGUCCUGCAUGGAUGUAUAAUAAUAAAGAAAAGAAGAAAGAGACCUGUGACUUAGGUGAAAAUAAAUUGGCAUCAAAAAAAGCGAAGAUGAAGUUUAGUACAUCGCCAGAUCUGGAAACUGUUUGUGAUGAAUCCAGUGAUGUUGCCAUAAUACAAGCUGCAACCGCCUGUCAGAAUUUGGAAUUGAUUCAGCAAUCUUUGAUCGAGAAUAGCUAUGAUAUUGAUGCCAGCAUUAGACAUAUUCUACAACUGCAGUCUUUCCAAGAUCGAGAUGUCAAUGAUGCGGAGGACACUGCUUGUUCUUCAGAAAUGACGAACUUAGAAAUUGAAGAGAAAUCAAAGGACUCUCGAUCGACGAACACCAGUAGGAAAGCUUGUGAAUAUGUUGGCAAAAAUAACGAGAGGCACACCGUCAAACGCCAUGAAAAGGUUGCGCCAAGUAACCGGAAGCGGAAACAAGUAAAGAAAGCCAAAAGAAUGGAAGAAAAGCGAAAGGAAUUAAAGAACAAAGAGUUGUCAAAUAAUGACGAUACACAAAGCUCUGUUGCCACUGAAUUUGUUGGUCUCGAGGCUCUUGCUAUUUAAAGGAUUGAGGCAGAAAUGAUGCAUUUUACUACAUAACUGCAGAGAACCGCACAUCCGUUGGAGAUGAAAUAGAAGAAUUGGACUUAUCAAACAUGAAACAUUUCACAAUAUAAGCCUUUUUUCACUUAAAUAUCACCGCGAACAUUGCCGUUGAUCAUAUGUCUGGAGAACCGUAGAUCCCCUCGUGAAGAAACGGUAGAAUUGGACAUGUCGAAAUGUUGGACAUUCAAACUCACAGAGCCAGCACUAUGUUCACGGGUUGUAAGUAAGCUUCGUACUGUAGGUAACGACGUUUCGUUGUCGUAAGAUGAUUGAAGUGUCAAUGAACUAUUGACUUUGGUUUUUCUUGUUUUUGAGAUUAAUUGGUCUCUUGGAACUGCAAUUUGUUGAAAAAAAGUAAAUGACUUAGACUUUCCAUGUUUUUUUUGUACGGUAAAUUUGAUGUGCACAUGCUGGAGAUACUUACCUAGUUAAAAAAAAACUUAGUUUUUAGUGAUGACUGAAGUGUUUAUUAAGAAACAAUCAUACCAUGAAACAUACAAACGUUCAUAACAAUAAAUUUCAACAUACUUUCA